GGUUAAAGUUUGCAAACGUCACCAGAGUGCGCUGGCGUGCGACUGUGGCCAACACUCACGAACAAGUCAAAUGGCGAACGUUCGGCUGACGGUGUGGCAAGCAAGCAGGAGAUACCGGGGAAUUUUUUACUACCUUUGGCCAUUUACAUCAUCAAAUAUGGAACUGUGGAGACUUUUAUGGAUAUUAUGUGCCUUUUGGGUCUCUGGUACAUCGCCGUUACAAGAAUUCGACACUACUCCAGUAGACACAGAAGUAAACCCCGGAGACACAACAGUUCUAAUUUGUAAAGUGAGAAACAGAAAGGGAGAAUGUGCGUGGUUGAAAGACGGUAGGGUAGUUGGAAAAAUUCAAAAUAAAUAUGACUUUGAAAGAGAACCGUCAGAUGGUGAUUGCAGCAUCAGGAUCAGGAACAGCAGAAUAGAAGACGAUGACGGAAGAUGGGAAUGCCAAGUUACUCAAACUUCACUAACGGAACUUACUCUCACUUCUCCUGAAAUCAAAUACACCGUCAGAGAAGCACCGAUGGCACCGAGAAUAGAAGAUAAUACAAUACAAUUAAAUCCUGGAGAUUCCUAUAGAACUCGUUCUGGUGACAGCAAGAGAAUCCAUUGCGUAUCAAGGAAAGGAAAUCCUCCGGCUGUACUGAAAUGGUAUAUUGACGGUGUAGAUAUAACAUCAAUGUCUAAUCAAACCAAUACUACCGACGUUGAUAAAGCCAAGACGUGGCAAGCAAUUAGUCUCCUCGAUUAUACUUUCCACAAAGAACAUAACGGAAAAUCUUUGCAGUGCAGAGCUUACCAUCCAGCGUACGAAAAAGAAUAUUUAGAUAUAACGGUACUACUUGAAGUUUUAUAUUCUCCGAUCAUCAAAUUAAUAGGGAAUACAAAGGAAGACAUCGAAGAAGGCAAGUCGUUGUCUCUGAAAUGUGAAGCCGAUGCUAAUCCUAAAGCCAAUAUCAUCUGGAGAAAAUCCGGUAACUCAGGGAUCUAUGAUAUCAAAGAUCAAAUAGACUUUUCACCCAUCAAAAGAACAGAUACCGGAAUUUACAGCUGUUCUGCAAAAAAUGACGUUGGUCAAAGUGAAGAACUAGAAGUGACUGUAAAAUCCAUUAAGCCAAAAAUACUGCGAGUCGAUCCGUCGCCUGCUUCAACAGUAGCUCUUUAUAAUUCGACGAAAUUACUGUGCGUUGCCGAAGGAAACCCAGUACCCAAAUAUUCGUGGCUUCAGAAAAUAGGAGGGGAGCCCUUAGUGUGGUUAGAACGUGGUAAUAAUUCUACUCUUUUCGUCAGCAACGUUACCUACAUGUACCAAGGUCACUACAUCUGCGAGGUCUCUAAUGUUAUCAAUGGAAACGAAUAUAAGGCAACCUCUGAGGAAAUCACCUUAGAUGUCACUGGUGCUCCUCAAGUGCUAACAAAUACUACGAAGACAAAGAAAAGAGUUGUGGUUGAGAAAGACGAAGAUGCCACAAUGACAGUGUUCUUCUGCUCGGAUCCGCAGCCACGGCGUACAUUUUGGGAAUGGGGAAGUUCGAAACUAGACACAGGAUCUGAUCUGGUGCGUUAUAUUGCAGAACCAUUACUUCCGGAUUUAAGGCAGGGAGAUUGUUACGAAGCUAGGUUGAUUAUACAGCAGGUGGAUGGAACCGAUUCCAGAAAAUAUACUUUAAAUGUGGAAAACGAUAAAGGGAGAGAAUCUUAUGCGGUUUUAUUAGAAGUUAGAGAACCAGUUGCCAUGUCUGUAGUGAUUGGUAUUGUUGUUGGAUGUAUUGUGCUGCUCAUCAUCGUGGUACUUGUAGUUCUUUAUCUUCUGAAGUCAGACCGUCUAUGCUUCAGCCGAAAACAGAGAUUCAAGACCGAUGCAGGAAGUGAAUCCGAUAGUGGACAUUCAUCGGAACUUCCUCCUCCCAAUCGCUCUGUAGGAGCGAUACCUCCUGAUGCCCUUUACGCUUCUCCUAAGAGAAAUACUCCAGUCUUGGUUACAGCUACCGAACCUCAUUACGAAAAUUUAAAGUCCGAACGAGGUAAUGGUAGCGUUCUUUAUGCACAUUUGGAUCUGUCGAGCAACGGAAGCGCAAGAAGUAUAGCAAGACCGAGACAAGAAAUAAUUGAAUAUGCAGAAAUCCAAUUUCAGCCAAAAGUCAACGACCAAAUUGACUUAUAAUUGUAUAUAAUACUUUGUACAGACAUUAAGCAAUAUCCUAAAGACAAUUAAAAUAUUCUCCAUCAUUGCAUUGAUUAUUUUUUAUGUAUUUUUUGUACGAAUUUUCAUAAAUGGAGGUGAAUCUCAUUGUA